AUGUCAUUCAAAGCCAUACACAUAACAUCCAUUCUGAUGUUAACAUUUAUGAUUGUUGGAUCAAAGAAGCUUGAAAAACAUGCGAUCCCCACAACAAUACUGACCAAAACUCCACAAUCAGAGCAUCUGUUUUCAGAAGCUAAAUGUCAAGAGCCGUUUGGUUCAUGCCAUACUUAUGAUACUGGUUUUACCCCACUGUCUGUGAUAUCAGGUGAUUUCAAUAAUGAUACCAAACCUGAUCUAGUCGUGGCAAAUUCGGCCGAAAAUACGAUAAGUAUUCUAUCGGGUGAGGGAGAUGGAGCGUUUCCUAAUCAAACCAAGUAUGAAGUUGGGAUUAGUCCAUACGGUGUCGCAGUGGGUGAUUUCAACAUGGACACCAAACUGGAUUUAGUAGCAUCUAAUAAAGGUGAUAAAAGUAUCAGUGUCCUGCUUGGUAAUGGAGAUGGAACGUUUCACAGUCAACGAAAGUACGAGGUUGGUAGUGAUCCCUCGUCGGUGGCAGUAGGUGAUUUCAACAACGAUAAUCGAUUAGAUUUAGUAGUGACGAACGAAGGUAAUAGUAGCAUCACUAUUCUGCUUGGUUAUGAAGAUGGUACGUUUCAUAAUCAAACCGAAUAUCCAGUUGGUGACCAUCCAUGCUUCUCGGCAGUUAGUGAUUUCAACAACGAUCAGAAAUUAGAUCUCGCAAUAGUGAACUACAAUGAUCAUACUGUCAGUAUUCUUCUUGGUAACGGAGACGGGACAUUUCAGAACCAUAUAGAGUAUGUCGUUGGUAUCAAUCCAGCCUUCGUUGCAGCAGCUGAGUUCAAUAAUGAUAGCAAGUUAGAUAUCGUAGUGGCAAACUACGAUGAUGUCAGCGUCAGUAUUCUACUUGGUAAUGGUGAUGGGACAUUUCAACAUGAACUAAAAUAUUUAGUUGGUGGUGGUCAAUUGUCGGUAGGAAUAGAUGACUUCAACCAGGACUCUGAUUUGGAUCUGGCAGUGGCCAAUUACGGCGGCUCCACCGUCGCGAUUUUAUUUGGUAACGGCGAUGGCACAUUUGAAAGCCCUGUGCACUAUUACUGCGAUGCUUACCCUAAUUCUAUAGCAGUAGGUGAUUUCAACUUCGAUAAUCAACCCGACCUAGCGGUUGCCAAUACAUUUGCCAACGACGUCGGUGUCUUGCUCGGAAACGGGGAUGGAACGUUUGGGCAUCAGACAAGGUUUUCGGUUGGUGAUCUGCCCAGCGUUGUAACAGUAGGUGAUUUCAAUCAUGAUAGCAAACUGGAUCUGGUAGUAGGCAAUUUGUUUGAUACUAGCGUCAGCAUUCUGCUAGGCAACGGUAAUGGUACGUUCCAAAAUCAAACAAAGUUACCAGUUGGUUACGAAACGACGGCUGUGGUAGUAGCCGAUUUUGAUAAUGAUAGCAAAGACGAUUUGAGAGUCUUUAACAAAGGUGAUAGUAAUGUCAGUAUUCUUCUUGGUAAUGGCAAUGGGACAUUCAAGAAUCAAACAACAUAUGGAGUUGGUUAUUAUCCAUACUCUAUGGCAGCAGGUGAUUUCAAUAAUGAUGAUAAACUGGAUCUUGUAGUAGCCAAUAACUUGGACGUCAAUGUUGGUAUUCUGCUCGGUAAUGGUGAUGGAACAUUUCAGAAUCAACAAGUGCAUCCCAUUGCUCGUGGUGCAUUUUUUGUGGCGGUGGGUGAUUUCAACAACGAUAACAACCUGGAUCUGGCUGUGGCCAACGACUACUACGCUUGGACCAUCAGCAUCCUGCUUGGAAAUGGCAAUGGAACCUUUCAAAACGAAACCAAUUAUGUAGUUGGUAAUACUCCGUUCGGUAUUGCCAUAGAUGAUUUCAAUAAUGAUUCGAAACUGGACUUAGCAGUCGCCAACGAUGCUGACAAUAGUGUUAGUGUUCUGCUCGGUAAUGGGGAUGGAACCUUCCAGAAUCAAACCAAGUAUUCAGCUGGUAAUGGUCCAAAUUGGGUGACAGCAGCUGAUUACAACACUGAUGGCAAACUGGAUUUAGCAGUAGCCGAUUACCGUGGUAACAGCGUAAGUAUUCUCCUUGGCCAUGGAAACGGGACAUUUCAAGACGAGAAGACGUAUGCAUCUGGCAAUGCCCCAAAGUGUAUCGCAAUAGGUGAUUUCAACAACGAUAACAAACUGGAUCUAGCAGUUGCCAACUCUGACGAGAGCAGCGACAGGACUCAACACGGUUUAACACUAACUGGGAAAGGUGACAUCGCUAUUUUCAUGAACUCAUGUCCAUGA